CUCUGUCGGAGGGAGCUUACGUUUACUCCUUACUUGAUCUCGAUCGCGUUUUCGUAUCGAACUAAUCCGAGUGACAGUUUAAAGUGAUUUUCAGUGUACAAGUGAAGUGAAGUGAAAGUGUUUGAAGGUGACAACAAAGGAAACCCAACUCAACGAUGACGUGUUUUAAAUAUAUACACAGAGUAUAAGUAUGUAGGUGAAAUAAAUUUGCACAGUGUAUAAAUGGGAUAGAGUUUCUGGGGAAAAAUGGGGACGAUAGUGGUGAGUGCUGUUAAAAAAGUGGUCGGUGUUCUUCUUCUGGGAUGGAUUGCGGAUACAAUAGCUUUAAGAGACGUGCAGUUAAUAGCACCAUCUGCCGUCCGACUCGGGGACACAGUGCUGUUGGGUUGUAAAUGGGCUCUUGAAAGCAACGAGACGCUGUAUAGCGUUAAGUGGUACAGAGGAAGACAAGAAUUCUUCAGUUACCUUCCAAAGGAAUAUCCUUUUACGAGAAUCUUCGCACAGCCUGGAAUUGAUGUCGAUGUAUCGAGAUCGACUUCCCAACAAGUUGUGCUAAGAGACGCAACACGAACAUUAGCUGGCAGGUACCGUUGCGAAGUCUCCGCAGACGCUCCUUCCUUCCAUACACAAGUCCGUUCUGCAUACAUACAUGUUGUUGAAUUGCCACCUGAAAAGCCUACAAUUAAAGCGGAGAAGGGAUGGUAUGCAUCUGGAGAUUCGCUUCGUGCACAAUGCACUUCACCUCCAGCCGACCCGCCAGCCAAUCUUACUUGGUUGCUAAAUGGGCGAGAUAUCCAGGGCAAGCCAAUAAUCCAGCAGCGAAUUUUGCCAAGCCCGGCGAUAUCUAUUGAUUUGCCACAAUCAAGUCGAAGCUCACCAGCCCCGGGUGAUGAGAACAGUAACAUAAUUUUCAGUCCUUGGAAAGCUUUCGGUCCAUUUGUGGACACCGUGCAGGAUGGGGAAAUCCUACCAAGUCAAGAUUCAGUUAUGUUUCCUACGCCACGGAACCAAGAUCCUGCUUUAGAUGAUGAAGUCACAGACCCCACACCAACGAUGGAGUCAUCUAAAAAGGUGGCGUCAAUAAGUCAGCUGUCCUUCAUGGUGAGGCCGGACAGCUUCGAACGAGGGCAGUUGAGGCUGGCCUGCAUAUCGACUGUUCAUUCAGUUUACAGCGAACAAGCAGAACUAGUUAUCAACGAGGAACGUCCUCAAAUAGCUUCAGUUCUCGGUACCAGAGACCGCUCUUCGGGUCCAGCAGCAGCCUCUUCAGUGCUAAUCGUGAUCUGCUCUGCAUUCACUAUCACGAAUAUUUUACGGGAUUCUCUGCGAUGAUGUCAAGCCUGAGGCGAUUAAGCGAAAUUUUUGUAUAUAGAUUUUUUAAAUUGCGUAAACAAGUGUACCACGUGACACAUAAAAGUCGCAUUAUUAUUUAUUAAUUUAA